AUGCAGAAGUGGGUCUCCCUAACUGCCCAGGUGAACCAGGAGCUGGCCACAAGGCUGCAGCUUCUCUUGGGUCGUGUGUGUGCCUUCAGCGACGUGAUCCCAGAACUUCAGCUCACACACACCAAGAACCACGAGGAGCAGAACCUGCCCAGGAACGAUAAAGUGUCAGAGCAUGAGGGAGGGGCUGGACAGGCCGCACAGGAUGAAGCCGAGAGAGGGGACUGAGCUGAGGUUCUCCCCCAUCCCCAGGCAGACUUACCCUCCUGGAGCCACCCCAGCCCAGAUCACCCAGUGUAGCCCAGACCUGAGCUAUGCCCUGGACAUUCUACUGGAGAAACACCAGCAGCAGCCACUCAACGUGCUAGGUCAGGCGGAAGGAAGAUCUAUGUGAUAUAUUUUACUGGUUUAUGUGGAUUUAUGGAGCAGAUAAAGUGAAUUGGAACUUAGACUUUACUCUAUAGGCAGCGGAACAUCAAAAGAGAUUGGGGCUUAGACAUUUGAAUUGACAUGAUUGCAACCAUGCAGUAGUCAUAUGUCUGUCUGCCUCAGGUGCCUAUCCUCAACAACUAUUAACCACAUUUAAUAGGAAAACUGACAACAACAGCCUUUGCUCUAAGAGCAAUCCUGGAUAUGUCACACUACUGUUUUGGGUUCGAUCAUCACCAGUUGGAAAUUAACUGUCUUUCUGAUUGCCUCUCUCUGCUUCUCUCCUAUGCCUUUCCCUCCCCCCCUCCCUCCUCUCCCCAGGUGAGCUGCAGUUUUCUCAUUGGGACUGUGUACGUACAAGGGCUUUGAGCACGGGAAGUGUGCCCUGGAGGCCCUGCGUCAGCGCCCGGACCUAUACCUGGGCCUCAACACUUCCAGCAGCUGGGAGAGAUACCUCCAGACUUCUCUGUGGACAUUGUGUCUCAGGACAACUACCUCACCUUCACGCUACAGGUGAGCUGGCAUCAAUGAAACCCCAUUAUUACUGAUGUCUGUAUUAUAGAAUAUCUUCCCCAGUUCUAAAAGACAAAACAGACCACACCGAUGAUUGGUUAAAAGCAGCAGGUGGCCGUCCUAUCGCAUCUGACCACAGAACACAGUCCGUCCUUUUCUAUUCAUUUCCUGAUGAUUCUAAAUGUUGAAUUGCCUCAGUUCGUCGGCACCCAUCAGGUGAUCUGCUGCACACGGCCAGCGUUUGUUUUGGUGUGUCUCGUGUCUAACUUGCUCUCCAUUUCCCUUCUCUCCGUCAGGACUUCUUCCAGUUUGCCAGUGGGCCGGGGGUGGACGGCACCCCGCGGAAGAGGGCAAAGAAGUUCAAGGCCCACCUGACCACUUUGAAGUAG